AUGCACGUCCUCACCCUCGUCCUCUUCCUUGUCGCCGCCACAUUCGCGCAAGACCUUACCGAAACUCAGAUUUCCAAUGUCAAGGCACGUCUAGCAGAAGGUGCAAAAGCGAGCUGGGAACUAGGCACGCGUGCAGAAGCACUGUUAGAACACGAUGCCUCAGACUUUUCCGUCUUCCACUCUCCCCUACCCCCCUCCCAAUCAAUACCUUCAAAUACCCAAUCCGGACUUACACCUGUGCUCUCCAUCGCCAAAAAUGUCGUAUCCAACCGAGCAUCCUCAAAUCAGAACGUAGUCGGUCCUCAACCUCUGAUGGCCGAUGGGAGCGCCGCCGAUCCAGCUUCGAUAGGCGUAGCUGUUCUACUAGCGAACUGGACAAAGCAAGGAGGAGGUGACUAUGCUGGUGCUGCGAAAGAUCAACUGGACUUUUUGUAUCAGAAGGUUCCGAAGGCGAGCAAUGGAGCUAUCUCUCAUAGAACUGAGGAUGUCCAAUUAUGGAGCGACUACGUGUAUAUGGUUCCACCUUUCCUCGCGUUUUAUGGGGCGUUGAGUCAAAAUAAAUCCCUGAUGUCCGAUGCAUAUACUCAAAUCAAACUCUACCGCGAUACUUUACGCGAUACCAAAGCCAAUAAUCUGUGGAAACAUAUCGUUCUACCAUCGGGUGGGGGCGGAAAGCCUGAUAAUGGACAUUGGUCGACAGGCAACGCAUGGGCCGCUGCAGGCAUGAUUCGCGUACUCGCGACCAUUCAGAAUUCCCAGUUCACCAACGACUUCAAAAAUGAACGAGACGAUCUAUCAAAUUGGAUCUCAGAGAUUCACGGCGGAAUGUAUUCACAUUUGGACUCCACAAGCAUAUUCACCAACUACGCCGAUGUUUCUGCAAGCUCCUCAGGAUCCUUCCACGACGGCUCUGGAACUGCCCUUCUGGCCUCAACCGUCUACCGCCUCUCCCUCCUGCGAGGCGUCCAUCGUUACCUUCCAUCCGCUGAGAACUCUCGGAAAGCUCUAUUUGCAUCCAGCUCUAACGGAAGCCUAGAACAUUUUACUUCAGAUGGAUGGUUGACACCAGUGGUGAAUCCACAUGCAUUUGGUGAGCAAGGUGCGCAUAGUCCCGAGGGUCAGGCGUUUGUGUUGGAGAUGAGAGCUGCGUGGAAGGAGUGGGUUGAGGACGGGUCUAAAGGGGCGAAUUCUGCGAGGGCGACGGAUGUUACUUUUGGAUUGGGAUGGGGGAAUGUGGUGGUGGUACUCGCUGUCACAAUGAUGCUUUUAUGA